UUUUUUCUUUUUCUUCCGCUGGAGGUCCCAACGACGCCCGCCGCCGCGCGCUCUGCUGACGCAACCACGCAGCCGUGGCCUCGACGCGAUGGCGGACCGCAACGUCCCCAGACCUGCCCAGGGUGGGACGCAACAAAGUCACUGAGCCAACCUCACCGGCUUCGGUUAAACUGCGGCAACCUGUUAAAAGAAAGAGAAAGCGAGAGAGAGAGGGGUAGAUAUAUAUAUUUAGGCCGUUACCUUUCCAGUCGCUCGCCGAGAAGUAGCAUGUGGGACGGGAUCCGCUGACCGGGACCACGCAGGAGUGGAGUUGAGGAGGAGCGCGCGCCGAGUGGCUGACGCGCCGCGUUUUUUGGUGGCAGCAAGUUGACCGAGAGAGUCGCCGCGGCUCUUGGAUUUAAACGGUGGUUCGCGAGGACUUGUGUUUGUUUGGUUUGGGUUUUUUUUUCCGGCAAAAAUGAAGUUCGCCGAGCAUCUUUCGUCCCACAUCACACCAGAGUGGAGGAAACAAUAUCUGCAGUAUGAGGCCUUCAAGGACAUGCUGUAUGCUGCCCAAGACCAAGCCCCGUCCAUGGAAGUCACAGAUGAAGACACAGUGAAGAGAUACUACGCCAAGUUUGAGGAGAGGUUUUUCCAGACCUGCGAGAAGGAGCUUCUGAAAAUCAACACAUUCUAUUCAGAAAAGCUCGCUGAAGCACAGAGACGCUCGGCCACUCUGCAGAACGAGCUGCAGUCUUCACUGGACGCUCAGCGCGAGAGCAACGCGCCGCCCGGCCUGCGGAGACGCAAGACCGUGUUCCACCGGUCACAGGAGGAACGCUGUAAACACCACAACAUCAAGGACCUGAAGCUAGCCUUCAGCGAGUUCUACCUCAGCCUCAUCCUGCUCCAGAACUACCAGAAUCUGAACUUCACUGGCUUCCGUAAAAUCCUGAAGAAACAUGACAAGAUCCUGGAUACUCCUCGCGGGGCGGACUGGCGUGUGGCUCAAGUGGAAGUGGCCCCGUUUUACACCUGCAAGAAGAUCACUCAGCUCAUCUCCGAGACGGAGACCAUCGUCACCACUGAGCUGGAGGGAGGAGAUCGACAGAAGGCCAUGAAGAGGUUGAGGGUUCCUCCGCUGGGGGCGGCUCAGCCUGCUUUGGCUUGGACAACCUUUCGUGUGGGACUCUACUGCGGCUUCUUCAUCAUUCUCGCCGUGGUUUUCGUUAUCACCGGCGUUGUGCUUUUCCGCUUGGAGAACGUGUGGCCUCUGGUGCGGAUCUAUCGGGGCGGUUUCCUGUUGAUCCAGUUCCUCUUCCUGUUGGGCAUCAACACGUAUGGAUGGAGGCAGGCCGGAGUCAACCAUGUCCUCAUCUUUGAGAUCAAUCCCAGAAACAACCUCUCGCACCAACACCUGUUUGAGAUCGCUGGUUUCCUGGGUGUGUUGUGGUGUCUCAGCAUCCUCUCCUGUUUCUACUCAGAGCACACCUACCUCCCCAUGCAGGUCAAUCCGCUCAUCUUCUAUGGCUUCAUGGUGCUCUUCCUCCUCAACCCCUUCAAGACCUGCUACUACAAAUCACGAUUCUGGCUCCUCAAGAUGCUGUUCCGCGUGUUCACGGCACCGUUUCACCGCGUGGAGUUCGCAGACUUCUGGCUGGCGGAUCAGCUGAACUCCCUGGUGGUUGUUAUGAUGGACCUGGAGUAUCUCAUCUGCUACUACGUCUUUGAGCUGCAGUGGAGCAACAGCAAGGGCCUGCUCAAAGACUCUGACGACCACGUAUGCCACAGCUACUCCUACGGCCUGCGCGCCAUCAUCCAGUGUCUGCCCGCCUGGUUCCGCUUCAUCCAAUGCCUGAGGCGUUACCGUGACACCAAGAGGGCCUUCCCUCACCUGGUGAAUGCUGGGAAAUAUUCCACCACCUUCUUUGUAGUCACCUUUGCUGCGCUGUAUGCCACGCACAGAGAGCAAGGACACACGGACGCCGACAUGUUCUUCUACCUGCUGAUCGUAUUCUCCACUAUCAGCUCCCUGUACACACUGAUCUGGGAUCUGCGCAUGGACUGGGGUCUCUUUGACCGGGGAGCCGGAGAAAACACUUUCCUCAGGGAAGAGAUUGUUUAUCCACACAAGGCCUACUACUACUGUGCCAUCAUAGAAGAUGUGAUCCUGCGUUUCGCCUGGACGAUCCAGAUCUCUCUGACCCAAACGACCAAGAUCCACUCUGUGGGCGACAUCGUUGCCACGGUGCUCGCUCCCCUCGAGGUCUUCAGGCGUUUUGUGUGGAACUUCUUCCGUCUGGAGAACGAGCACCUGAAUAACUGCGGUGAGUUCCGUGCUGUGAGGGACAUCUCCGUGGCGCCACUCAACGCCGAUGACCAGACGCUGCUGGAGCAGAUGAUGGAUCAGGAGGACGGCGUCCGGAACCGCUCGGGCAAGAAGACCUGGAAGAGGUCCUACAGCCUGUCUCUCCGGCGCCCCCUGCUGUCCUCCUCACUAUCAAAAAAGGACACCAAGGUCUUAAUCGAAGACACGGAUGAUGAGGCCUUCAGCUGAGCUCACAACGUCACAUACAUACUAUACUUAUAAGGACCAUUUAUAUGCACUAACACCUGACCCUCAACCCUUCUCCUUUACAGUGAAACACGAGUAAUGACCCUCAGUCCACACCUGUAAAGCAGGGAGGACCUCACACGGUCCUCACUUUGGACAUUUGACCUCAUCUUUACGUCCCUGGGAGUAUUUUCGGUCCUUAUAAGUAUAGACAAACACACUUACUACUGAUUUUAAUGAAAGAAACACGCAAAGAAAAGCCUGCUGGGGAAGCACAAACGUAGUCGUAGCUGCAGAUGAGCUCAGAGGAGAGACGGAGAGACGGAGAGACGGACAUCUUCUGCACACAUGCAAACAGAUCACACUGCCCUGGUAUUACCCUCCUCUUCUUUAAAAAUACUUUUAGGAAUUUGUGUUUCUUUAGAUUUUUUCUUUACAUUUUACCGGAUUUAUUUCAGAGAAGCUGCAUCGUUGACUGUUUACAAUACUUUUGAACAACUCUAGGAUCAACAGGGAGAAGACAAGCCAAUCAAAAGACUGAAUAUUAAUCAAUAAAACCAGAGGAAGGACUCAAAACAAAUCACAGCAUAUCAAAACAGAUCAACUGGUUUCAACUUGUUGAUUUUUUUUUAUACCUCGCCUUUUUUUUGGUUGAGUUGUAAUAACUUCGGUGAGAAAUCCCAACUUUUUGAACAUUUGAUACACAAAACGAUGAAAAAAAAACUACUUGUACAUCAAAAGGGAAGUUUGGAUUCAAACAUUUCUAGUUUGUGAAGUUGCUUUGUAAUAUAUUUAAUAUGUUUUGAUGUGCACUAUUACUACAAUUGUUGUAUUUAAGUACUACUACAUGUGUUGUUUAUACUAAUGUGACAAGUUAAGCAUCCAACUAAUGAUUGUUUAUGUAUUUUAUAAGGUUUGGAAUGUUUGUCUUGGUUAGCCUUAUUUAGACCUCAAUUUCUCCCAACCUAAAACAAAGGCCACACCUCGUGUCAUGUCAUCUUAAAGUGCCCCAUUAGAUACAAUAUUUGUGUGUGUGCACUAUUGUUUGGAUUGACUACCAAAGUUUUAUUUUUAUGAAUGUGUCCAGUUAACUUGCACAAAGCUUGUUUAGAGAUUAUAUUUUACAUUUCAUUGCAAGUUUUGUUUUUUAGCAGGUAGUUUCUGUCUUGUUGGAAAUCCCAUUAAUAUGAGUAGGGUGUCCAAAUGUUCAGUUUAAUAGUUCUAGUGAUUCAACGUGUGUGUCAGUAGUUCUCAAACCGGAGGCAACCGUGCACUUAAGAAUGUUUUUGAGCAGCUUUUAAAAGUUUGGGCUACUUUUGUAAUGAAAAACAAUUCAGAUUCUUUUGAUUGGGUUUAACUCAAUUGUUCUCAUGAAUCAGAAAGCAAAUGGACAAUUAAAACCUUUUCCAACAUCUGAAGUAUGAGAAAACGAGGACACCUUGGAUGAUCUGACCGAGGUACUUUGUGGCAGUCAAACCUCUUUAGAAGCUGUUUGUGUUGUCGGGUUCAAACACACUCGGCGCUUCUCUCUCCACAUGUAUGUGGUUCGUCUCUAAUGUUCAAUGUUUGUUUUUAGUACUUUUAAAAAAAAAAAGAUGUUGUGAUUUGUUUGAUCAAAUGUAAUCCACUGAGGCAAGUGCUCUCUCUCUUCCUGUUCGGCCCCCUCAUUCUGCUCCCUGCGCUCCGUCCCUCUCGCUAAACUACGUCAGCGUCCCUCCGUGAGACGAAGCACAGAGGGACACGCGAGACAAAUGUGUUGCAGAAAGUCCUGUUUUUUCCUGUCACGGCUGAAAGUCAAAAAGGCUUCUAUGUGCGAUGAGUUCAAUGUCAACUAGAAGGUCCAGAAGGUUUUAAUCCAGAUUUGUUGAAUACGUUGAAGAUGGGUAGCUUCCCGGCUAUUUGAAUACACUGGACACAUAUCUUACACACAAACACACACUUAUACACACAGCACACAUUGCACCGCUCAUGUUGGAGAGCACAAUUCUACAGAAGACAGUUUUGUAAAAAGACUGUUGUCUCGCCUGCAUGCUGCUUUAAUUUUUACAUUGUACAUAGGUCUUAAUUUAUUUGACAUGACGUGUAAAUGUGCAAUCAUUGUUGCCACUGCACAUCGAUUGAUUUCAUACGUUGCCAUUAUUGCUCGGAGACAAGCAGUAUUUUAUAGGUGCUGGGGGGGGGGGCUUUUGUUUUUCGAUUGAUCACAAUACUGCGCUCCUUCCCAUGUGUACAUCUGUUGAUGUGUUUGUAUAAAAAAAAAGGAAGAAAAUAACCUCCAUAGAACUGGAGAAUGUGAAUUGGUUGUUCCCUGUUGGUGGUUGCUUCUUACUUGGAUGCUGGUGGAGGAGCUGUUAAGGGGGGGGGGGCUACUCUGUCCUCAAACUGUAACAGUGUUUGCACAUUUGUGGAUGUGCAUGACGAUAUUGUGGAAGUUUCAUCUGUUGUCGCCCUGCUGACAGAAGCACUUUGACUCACUGUAGGAACGGAGGACCCUCACAGUGGCGAGAUACCGUUAAACUGGUCCCUCGAUUCAUGUAACAGAUCCUGGAUCUUUAUUUGAAGCAUUUUUUUUUGUAGAAAAAACAAGUGUUUUAGUGACUGGGGGUCCUAGCACAGAUUUUCAGUUUGUGUAGCCCAGUGAUGGAAUGAAAAACAGGGUUAUUUUGUACAGUACGUGUUGGAAUAGAUGAUCCUCGGCCCUUCCGUCCAUUUCUCCUCAUGGGUGACUUUGUUUCCAACUGCUUGCUGAAAUCCCCCCGUGAUGUUAAUGUGCUUAAUAUGUGUCGACCCCCCCCCCCCCCCCCCCCCCCUCCACCUUCCAUCUCUUGAUGUUGUUCGUACCCAUUCUGUAAACUAGCUGAACGUGACAGUACUCGUAGUUUGGUAGAUGGAUGUUCUACUUUGAUAAGAUACAAAAAAAAAUAGAUAUAAUAAACUAAAUACAUUGUGACUAAAUGUGAUUUUAAGAGACAUAAAGAAGGAAAAAUGUCUGACCCAUCUUCCCCUGAAUCCCUUUUACGGAGUAGUUUGUAUAUGUCGAUUGUAUAACACCGUUCUAUGAUGGUUUUCCUGAUGGUAUUUGUAUUUCUGUAUACACUUUGUUUAUCCUGUCAUAUCUGGGUUUUAUAAACCACGAUUAUUUUUAAAACUC